UUCUGCUACAACAAUGGCGUUUCGUACUGCUUUACGGAGAAUGAGCUCUUCAUCAAUUCUUUUCUCCAACUUACUCAACAAUGCGCCUUCUUCACGAGGACUUACUGGUUCGCUUGCUCCGUUAACUUCUCGUUUUUUAAGCUACGCAGGUAGUGUUUCUGUUACGGAUUCCAAUGAAGAAAGCUUCAUCAUCAAUGCCUGUGGAGGUUCCUUUGUUCGAUCUGAGCAGUUCUCUAUACAACGCGGUGUAUGUGAUAUAUACAUGGUAAAUCCGUUUCAAAUUUCUGGACCUUGUGGGGCAUACGAGGCUAAGAAUAUAGAGGAGGGGAUGUACGUGAGAAUGGAAAUGCCGGGAAUUAAUAAAGAAGACGUGAAGGUGUUGAUUUCGUCUCGGACUAUCAUCAUAAAGGGUGAAGGAAAGAAGGAGUCUACGCAUGAGGACAGCGGAAGAACCUACAGUGCUAACAUUGAAAUCUGUUCGAAUUCGUAUCAGGCUCAGUCUAUGGAAGCAAACUUGAAGAAUGGUGUUCUUAGGAUGCUAAUCCCCAAGUCUAAGACUCCUCAGGAGGUGACUGGUUCUUAUGAGAUAAAAGUUAAGUAAGUUUGCUUUGGAAUAUCAUUUCAUUAAUCUCAUUAGGUGAAUUAGUGAACUAUAGAUUGCUAUUUGAUAAUUAUGUCGUUUUGGAAAUUUUUCUCAUCUGGCAUUUUUGAGUAUUUGAGGGUAGCACGGGGUUUUUAUUUGUCUUAUUUUAGUAUAUUAACCGUGAAGAGAGUAUGUGUGUGUGCCAUUUAAGGUCCAUACCGUUGGUAGGCUGAAAUCUUAUGAGCAAAGACUUGUUCUGCUCCUAUGAACGUCAGGAUUUGAAAUGGAAGUGAAAGAGUAAGCGAAAAAUAAUGAGCACUCCUGCACUAUAUGGACGACUUUUUGGUAGUAGGGUUGGGGUGGCUUGCUUGAGGCAGAUUAAAAACAUAAGUGAUUGAUUACUCAAAUUGGUUCUCACAUCCCUAUAUUUAAGGUAGCAUUGGUUAGUUCUGUUUAGCCAUGAUGUGUUAUGAUAUGAGUACUAAAAAAAAGAACAUUGGUUUCCUUUGGAAAUUUUGAUGUGUUAUUGAGCUUGAUUGUUUACUUCUGGUAUAAUUACUAGUUUACUACAAAUCAAAUGCACUGCCUUUGCUGAAAUUAGAAUGUUUAUUCCAUCAUAAACAUCGUGAAAAUCAGCUCAUUCUCUUAUAUAAACAUGUUUGCUGGGAAUCUUGUCAGUGAUAUUUAAGCAGUAAUGAACAAGUUUUUUUAAGUUUCUUGAAGUUUUUAGUAAUUUGUCUAAUGAAAUCUCAACAGAUUUUACUAGUAAAAUAAGUGCAGCAGCUUUCUAGUAGGAUAAUGUACUAUCAACAUGGACAUGUAGUACCAUGUCUGGUUUUCUUAUGAUUGCAAGGAGUUACUUUUGAAUUUAUUAUCAGAAGGUCUGAACUUGCACCUUGUAAGAUAUAAUCUAUAUUGCUCGGACUCUUUAAAAAUAAUUGUUUUUUAGGAUCCGACAAGAGUGCAGCAACAUUUUGGAGUAUCCGAGCAGUUUUUGAACACACAUUGUUAUGUUACAAGAGCAACAAUUAGCUUUAUUUUCCUUUAAAAAUGGAUGGAUAAGAAGUGUAACUACUCAUUUGUUCAAUUCUUGGCGGAUUGAGUUAUCUAUGUUCAUACCAAACAAGUAGUUCAUGUUACCAAAGGAGUUUAAUCUCAACACAAUUAAUUA